AACAGGAUUAACGGAGAGACAGUAACGGGACGAAUGGCGCUCAUGGCCGGGAUUAUUUACGCUCUCACCUCGCUUUUCCUGGGGAUUUGUGCAGGUCUUUCCGCUCCAAGGAAUCAUCCGGCGAAUGAAGUCACGCUGCUGGAUUCCAGAUCAGUGCAGGGAGAUCUGGCAUGGGUCGCCAGCCCGACGGAAGGAGGGUGGGAAGAGGUGAGCAUCAUGGACGAGAAGAACAUCCCCAUCAGAACAUACCAGGUGUGUAACGUGAUGGAGCCCAAUCAGAACAACUGGCUCAGGACUCACUGGAUCCGGCGUGGCCCGGCACAGCGGAUCUACAUCGAGAUUAAAUUCACUCUGCGUGACUGUAACAGCCUGCCCGGCGUAAUCGGCACCUGCAAAGAGACGUUCAACCUCUACUACCUCGAGUCCGACUCCGAUAACGAGCGCUACGCUCACGAGAGCCGCUUUGAGAAGAUCGACACGGUGGCGGCAGAUGAGAGCUUCACGCAGGUGGAUAUUGGUGAUCGGAUCAUGAAGCUGAACACUGAGGUUCGGGACGUCGGUGUUCUGAGCCGCACAGGGUUUUAUCUGGCCUUCCAGGAUGUAGGAGCCUGCAUCGCUCUGGUUUCCGUUCAUGUGUUUUACAAGAAGUGUCCAUUAGCCGUGAGGAACCUAGCACAGUUUCCUGACACAGUAACCGGGGCCGACACAUCGUCACUGGUAGAGGUGCGUGGCUCCUGUGUGAAUCACUCGGAGGAGCAGGAGGUUCCCAAAAUGUACUGCGGUGCAGAUGGAGAGUGGCUGGUGCCCAUUGGGAAUUGCCUGUGCAACCCUGGAUACGAGGAACGGAAUGAGCAAUGUCAGGUGUGUAAGGUGGGCUACUACAGGUCUCUUUCUUCGGACGGCGGCUGUCGUAAAUGUCCACUGCACAGUUACUCCACGAAAGAAGGAGCUACUUCCUGUGAUUGUGACAAAGGAUAUUACAGAUCGGAGACGGAUCCUGCCACCAUGCCUUGCACACGUCCUCCAUCUGCUCCUCACAAUCUGAUUUCUAAUGUCAACGAGACGUCGGUGCUGUUAGAAUGGAGUCCGCCUAUAACCUCCGGAGGCCGUCAGGAUCUCACCUACAACGUGGUGUGUAAGCAGUGUGUGCGAGACACUCAGAGAUGCACGCCGUGUGGAGAUGACGUGCGAUACUCUCCGCAGCGGCUGAGUCUGCGCUCCACGCGGGUGUCCGUUCACCAGCUGCAGGCGCACACCAACUACACCUUCCAGAUCUGGGCCGUCAAUGGGGUGUCCAAACACAGCCCCAGUCUGGAGCAGGCCACGUCCAUCAUGCUCACCACCAACCAGGCCGCUCCGUCCACGGUCAUGAUGGUUCAGAGUAAGGACAUCACGCGCCACACGCUCUCUCUGUUCUGGGACGAACCCGAGAAACCUAACGGCGUCAUACUGGAGUAUGAGGUCAAAUACUACGAGAAGGAUCAGAACGAGAGGAGUUAUCGCAUCGUAAAGACGACGUCUCGUAGUGCUGAUAUUAAAGACCUGACUCCGCUGACUUCCUACAUGUUUCAUGUGCGCGCUCGCACCGCCGCGGGAUAUGGGGAGUUCAGCGCCCCCUUUGAGUUCAGCACCAACACUGUCGCAGCUCCUGUUGUUGGAGGAGUCAUUAGCUCUGCUGUGCUGCUGCUGUUGGUGGCCGGAUGUGUUGUUGUUCUCCUCCUCACCCUCAUCAUUACCUUCAUCAUCACCAAAAGGAGGAGCAAAUACAGCAAAACUAAACAGGCAGAGGAGAAAAACCUGCAGCCAGGGGUGAGAAUAUAUGUGGACCCUUACACCUACGAAGACCCCAACCAGGCCAUCAGGGAGUUCGCUAAGGAGAUCAAUACCUCCUGUAUCAAGAUCGAGAAGGUGAUCGGCAUCGGUGAGUUUGGCGAGGUGUGCAGCGGCCGUCUGAAACUUCCUGGAAAGCGAGAGAUCUGUGUGGCCAUCAAAACGCUGAAGGCGGGGUUUACCGAGCAGCAGAGGCUGGACUUCCUGAGCGAGGCCAGCGUGAUUGGCCAGUUUGACCAUCCUAAUAUCAUUCACCUGGAAGGCGUGGUCACCAAAUGUAAGUUUAAAGCUGACAUCAUAGAUUUUUAUUUAAAUGGUCUGAUGUGUUCUUUCCUCUUUCAGAAGAAUGACGGCCGCUUCACUGUUAUUCAGCUGGUGGGCAUCCUGAGAGGGAUCGCGUCCGGAAUGAAGUAUCUAUCCGACAUGAGUUACGUUCACAGGGAUCUGGCAGCACGGAACAUCCUAGUGAACAGCAACCUGGUGUGCAAAGUCUCAGAUUUUGGGAUGUCCAGAGUGCUUGAAGACGAGCCAGAAGGAGCGUAUACUACCAGGGGAGGGAAGAUCCCAAUCCGCUGGACGGCUCCAGAAGCCAUCACAUACAGGAAGUUCACCUCAGCCAGUGAUGUGUGGAGUUACGGCAUCGUCAUGUGGGAAGUGAUGUCAUAUGGUGAACGACCAUACUGGGACAUGAGCAACCAGGAUGUGAUAAAGGCAAUAGAGGAAGGCUACCGGUUGCCGCCGCCCAUGGAGUGUCCGCUGGCUCUGCAUCAGCUCAUGCUGGAGUGCUGGAUGAGGGAACGAGCGGACAGACCCAAAUUCAGCCAGAUUGUGAACAUGCUGGACAAACUCAUACGCAAUCCUGCCACGCUCAGGAGGACGGCAGGAGAUGCCAGCAGGCCCCACCCCUCCACACUUCACCACGCCCCCUCUGAAGGCUCCGCCCCCUCUUUGGGUUCUGUGGAGGAAUGGCUGAAAAUCAUUGGACUUGAGCAAUACAGAGAAGACUUCAGCACAGCAGGAUUCUGCAGCUUAGAAAGCGUCUUACCCAUGAGUCACGAGGAUCUGGGCAAAAUGGGAAUCUCAUGCAGUGCACAUCAGAGGAAGAUCCUGAGCAGCGUGCAGGAAUUGUUGUCUGGAAUGCAUCACAGACAAGACACAAAGGUUCCUGUCUGAUCUGUGACGAGGGGAAAAAACAAUGCAUCAUGUUGGUUAACAUGGAUUACAAGAGGGACGGAAUAUUUCACAUCACUCUUGCACUUUAAUGAAAACAAACGGUAUGAAGAUCAGAGUGAAUGAGCUAAACUGCACUUUUCUGGGCCUCUUUGUGCUUCUAUGAGGAAUUUUCUUCAAGUCUAAAGAUUUUAAACUGGCAUUAUGCCGAGAAUUAAAAUGACUUAAUGCAUCUCUCCAGAUGAGAUGUUUCUGGCCCUGUCGUUCCAGGCGGCGAGGCAGAAAGUUGGGCAAGUGUCCUCCUUCUGUAAGUGGAAAGAACCGUUUCAACUAAGUGCAAACAGACUACGACGCUUUUCACCUCAGGAUCUUUUCAGGAUGGCCGCUCGUCAUCAGCAGGAAAGAAUUGUUCCCUGUGGAUCAGAUUUGAACAUUAUAUUCAGAUCUUUUGCCUCGGGAGAUUUUGAGCCUUUGCAAACGAAACUAACAGACCUUUUGGACGGUGUGUGUUUAUUUUAUGAAGGCCAGAUGGGAGUUUCAGAGGCAUUGCUGAAUGGAAAAUUAUAUUGCUUUAUUUGUUGAAAAAAAAAUAAAUAAAUAAAGGGAAUGAGGAGAUAGAUCCAGAUAAGAUUUAGUCUUAAGUUACUCAUGUUCCAUGUAUCCAAUCUUUGCAUUUUUAAGUAGCAAAGUAAAAGACUCAAUCUGAUGGUCUUUCUUGUUUUCUUUGUCAAUCUUGUUUUUUUUCUCUCCUUUUAAUUUCAUUUAUUUCCACAUCUAAAUAAAUGUCUGUACCAUUGACUCUGCACCCAGAGAUCCUACGCAAACAGCUAAAUCUGUGUAUAAAUUGAUAAAAUGUUUGAAACUGCUGAGUUGAAUCAUUGCAAGAAUGUCAUAGUCACAGAUAUAUUUUUUGAAACUUUUUUUCACUGUACAUAAUCUAGGAUUUUGUGUGUACAUAGUUUUAAUGGUUUUUCUUCAUGAUGUACAUAAUACCAGCAGACGUUUCCAUGUACAGCUUCUGAGUUCCCUCAUUUUCUUCUUUUUUUUCUUUACAUGUGUUAACAGAAUGUAUUUAAUUAUACAGUGAGCAUAAUAUUCAUGUUGGCAGUAAAUUUAACAUUGUAAAACAACAGUACAUUUAAGAAAGGUUCGGUAACAUGUUGAGGAGUCUUUUAAUUUCACAGUUUCUGUAUUUCCACCUUUAGGUGCACCUAACUUAAGAGCUUUAUUUAUGAUCUUUUGUAUCUAGUUCAUAAAAUAAAAAUUCAAAGAAAUUGUUUAUAGUUGGCGUUC